AUGGCUACUAAUCCUGAUGGCACUCCUGUUACUUCCGGCGACGGUUCUUCUCCUCUAGCCCUUCCUGUUUCUACCUCUGCUUCAACGGAGACUUCUCCCUACUACCUUCAUCCAUCCGACAACCCUGGAGCUUUAAUCACCUCUGUUCUCCUUCGAGGAGAUAACUACUCAGAAUGGGCAACCGAACUCUCCAACUCGUUGCAGGCUAAACAGAAACUUGGAUUCAUCAAUGGAUCUUUUGUUAAACCUGCUGCGGAUCCAGACCUUUCUCGUUGGUUAGCAACCAACUCAAUGAUCGUUGGGUGGAUUCGUACAUCCAUCGACCCAAAGAUACGUUCUACGGUGACUUUUGUUCCUGAAGCACACAAACUUUGGGAUAAUCUACAACGUCGCUUCUCUGUCAAAAGUGGUGUCCGCAUCCAUCAACUCCGUGAUGAAAUCAACAACUGCUGCCAAAAAGGACAAACUGUUCAAGAAUUCUUUGGUCGUCUUUCCAAACUGUGGGAAGAUCUUGACACUUUGAAGACAACCCGCUCCUGCUCGUGUGAUGCUUCUUCGGAGAUUGAGAAAGAACGUGAAGACAUCAGAGUUCACAAAUUUCUCUUUGGUCUUGAUGAGUCUCGUUUCCGCAACGUACGUUCUAAAAUCAUUGAUGAAGACCCUCUACCUGAUCUCAACACUGUUUACUCACGCGUUACUCGUGAAGAACAACAUCUCAACUCUGCUCGCAACUCCGAGGUCAAAACAGAUGCUGUCGGUUUCUCUGUCCAACACGAUACCUCCAAGCUUGAAGAGUCUCGUGGUUCUAUUGUCGCUGCUGUUCGCACUCGUGAUCCUAAUCGCUUCUGCACUCACUGCUCCCGUAAAGGCCAUGAUAAUUCUGAGUGUUUUCUCCUUCAUGGUUAUCCUGAAUGGUGGCAAGAACAACAACGUCAAAACUCUGCAUCUGGUUCUGGACAACGUGGACGUGGUGGCGGUCGUUUCUCUAACUCAGGACGUGGUCGUGGCAGAUCAUAUCCUCCUCGUGCUAUCUCUAACAACGCCACAACUCCAACGAAUGUAGGCUGGAACACCGAUCAGAUAUCUCAACUACUGCAACUACUUCAAACUCCUCGUACUACGAUCUCUUCUGAAAAGUUGUCCGGUAAAGCAAAAUUCUCUGAUAUUAUUAUUGAUACAGGGGCCUCUCAUCACAUGACGGGAAAUCUAUCUCUCCUUAGUGACGUCUUCGACAUUCUACCUUCUGCGGUUACUUUUCCAGAUGGGAAAUCCUCUCGAGCCAUAAAACGUGGCAAACUAGUCUUAAGUCGAGAUUACUAUCUCCUUGACGUCCUCUAUGUUCCUGAUUUCAAUUGCACAUUGAUCUCCGUUUCACGACCGUUUUACGAAGACCCUGAUUGGAACGGGGGAGGAACGUGA